UCAAUUUAUAUUGAGGGUUUCCCUGACGUUAUACCUCGUACAUAUUAUUCAUUACUUCUGAUAAUUUUCGAGUCAUGGGUUUCGCAGACAAUUCAGCAUAAUCAGAACUUUGUCAUGUCUUUCCGAUAAGCUUAAAACUCUCGAUAAUCUCUUCUUGGAAAAACUGAUUAAACAUUCAUAUAUAAAUAUAUUCGGUGCAUAACGUUAUAUUGUUUUCUUCAUCGUUCAAUCAAGAUCGUACUUGUAGCAAACCAAAUAUAAAUAGAGGCUUCUGAUAUUUUCAUCGUGCAAGUUGUGUGUUCGAUUAGCUUGGUGAAAAAUGGUGUACAAAAUUUUGGUGUUACUCUUUUUCUUAUUUUAUUCUGUUCCAAUAGGAAAUCCCCAUAAAAUAAAUUAUGUUUUUAGAUGGCGAGAAGACCCCUGUCCUUUUAUAUGGAACCGCCCGCCUCAUACUUCAUUGGUGCCCCCUACUGAGAUUCAAUUUGAAAAUACCAGAUAUACUGGUGGCCGACAUCACAUAAUACCAUUUGAGAUUCUGCGUAACUUCUUUGUUUCUGCCGUGAAACAAAGCAGAAUAGCAACGCGAAUCGGACAAUAUAUAUCAGCAUACAUUUCUACAAUAGCGGAUCAAUAUAUUUCCAUUGGAGAAUCUAUUCAGCGUCAAAAUCCGAUUCCUGUAGACGCUGAUGCUGUUAUCGUCAUUGAUCCAGUGGAAGAAAUGUUUGCCGCGCUUGCAUGGUUACCCGGAAAUAUAUUUAUAGGGCCUACGCAGAACUUUCGUCAUCAUGACAAUCCCCUGAACCAGAGAGGCGGAGAUCCUGCAAAUGCAUUCGAGCAGUACGCAAAUAGAAUAAUCAGAGACGAUGCACACUUUACUGCUCUCGAAAAUCUCAAUCGUGAUAUGCAACUUUAUACCCAUGAUCCCUUAAAUGUAGCUUUGUUUCAUCAAAUAAUGCACAAUUUAGAUAUUAUCAACAGUAGAACUAGUCCUUUUCCAUUCGAUGCGCGAGAUUGGAAAAUAGUAGACGGAAAGUUUUACAUUCGAGACAGACGUAGAGAGAAACGAUACCAAAAUCAAAUCCCACAACCACCAGUCGCACCAAACUCGGAGCCAUCAUCUGAUGAUAAUGCUUUCGAUUAUUAUGUUGGAUUUUGUAAAGCGGUAAAGCAGCAAUUAACGAACAGCCAUUUUUCGGUCAAUAAAAAAUACAUAGAAGCUGCCGACAAGAUGACAUUUGAUUGUCCCAAAAAUAGUUACAUUAUAGUAAAACAAGCCACCAUAAAAACCAUGCCUUUGCCAGUCGCUAUUUUCACUCUCGGUCUAGCAUGCAUUACUGGUUACUGCGUAGAAGGAGACGGAACCGAAAUAAUAAAAAAGUUGUGUGAAAACAAAAGGUCAUGCGUAUUUUCAUUACGCGACACAGGUGGUGUGGAUGUAGAUGUAGAUUAUUAUUGCGCGGAUAAAUUAACAACUAUUCGAGAAAGAAACAAAUUGCAGAAAUCUAAUCGCUGGGAAUCGAGCGAAUUUGAACUUAAUUGUCCCUUGAAUUAUACCAUUCGGAUUAGUAAGGCAAUGAGACACCCAUCUGCUUAUCUUCAGUGUAUAGUUGAUGAUUGUAAAGAAACGGACAUUACACCAAUAUUCCGUGAAAAAUGUGACGGAGAAAAUCCAUGCAAAAACAAACUCGAGAAUUGGGGCUUGCAACCAAUAACCGUAGAUUUUUCUUGUAUUCCAAAUCAAUCCAUGUUUGUGUGAUGCUGUUAACAAGGAUGAGUAUAAAACUUGCCGCGCAAUUUGAAACAUAAAAUAACCUUCAAAGAUUAUACAAAAACAUAUAAAUAUUUAAACGAUGAUGAGAUGUUGUCAGUAUGAAAAAACCUUUCAAAUGUAUAAAAAAUUAUAAAAAAUGGAUUAAUAAGCUAUUUAAAUAUAUUGUUGUAAAGUUGAAUUUUGUGAAAAA